UUCACAAAUCCAAGCUGCGGUCACUCUGAACACGUGUUUGUCCCGAAGACCUGCAGUUUAAACAAAAUAUCCACGUUUUUAACUAAAACACAAUGGUGAAAGUUAAAGUAGAGCGUUCCGAGGAUGCCGAUGAAUCCGUAGUGGUCAGCGGCGAUGUCUCCAUCAAGGAGGAGGAGUCCUACGACGACAAGAUGGUCUUCGUGAACGCCAUUGCCAAGCCGAUGGCAGGUAAGAAACUGGCUAAAAAGUGCUACAAACUGGUGAAAAAGGCGAUGAAGCACAAGACCUAUCUGCGAAACGGAUUGAAGGAUGUGCAGACUCGCCUGCGCAAAGGAGAAACCGGCAUUUGCAUCUUCGCUGGCGAUGUGACUCCCAUUGACAUCCUGUGUCAUUUGCCCGCCGUUUGCGAGGAGAAGGGCAUCCCAUAUGCCUACACGCCAAGUCGGGCGGAUUUGGGAGCUGCCAUGGGCGUAAAGCGCGGUACAGUCGCCCUGCUGAUCCGCCAGAACGAGGAGUACAAGGAUCUGUACGACGAGGUCAAGGAGGAGCUCUCCGGGCUGUAUAUACCUGUCUAGACCUGUAGCCCUAGUUUCUUCUGCUAAUUAAGUACCUAGUUAAGUGUAAAGGAAUCCUAAUAAACGCCAGGAGUUGCCAAUUUUUAGGCACCAACAAAAAAGGUUUCGUCUUUGUAAU